AUGAACUCUCCAAUGGACGCUGGCCAUGUGCUGGACGAGAUCAAGACCACGGAAUCACACUACGUCAGCGAACUGGGGUCGCUGAUGAGACUCGUGAACGCGUUUGAUGUGCGGUUCAACAACUACUUUGACGACUCGGUAGACGAUGAUAUCGAGGAGCAGAUGAGCCACCGUCAGAAAAUGAACGCGAAACUGGCCAAAGUUGUGCGGACGCUCAUCGUGAUGCACCGCGAACUGGCACAAAUACUCCAGACAGACGACCUGGCGGUGCUGGCUGCCAAGUUUGCAAAAUGGUGCACGGACGCGAUCAAGUCGUACAAGCAAUACAUCAGUCUGUACCGUUUGCAGGAAAACCAGUCGGUUUCUGAGGUUGAACUGCGUCGCCAGCCGCUUCUUAGACUGGCUUAUUUGCACCAGAGCAUUAGGGCCGUCAAGAACAUACUGAGUCUGCAGAUGGACCGUUUGCAAGGCGGGUCGGUUUUUUCCGACCUGGAAGUCGCCACACACAGAUUGGAGCAGACAAUGGAGGAGGCGCAUAGAAUGGAGUGUCUCCAGCGCAAGAAGCUGGACAAGCACGUCAAUUUUUCCAGCGUGCGUUCAAUGACCGAUUUCUCAAUGAUAUGUUCCAGUUUUAGUAUGAACAGCAUCGUGGAGACGUACCGGACAGAGAUGUACUACACGAACGAGAAGCUAGAUACGUCGUUGAUUUUCAAGACUCUUGAGCUGAUGUUUCUCAAAAACCAGACUGUUGCGCUGGUGUCUCUCGAAAAGGGGGAACGGACGCUGGUUUUCCCGCCAUUGCGUGCCAACGAGCUCCACUACGACAAGCAGGUGGAGGAUGAGAUUUAUGUAUUUAAGCACACGCUGGACACAGGCAUUUGUGUGUAUCUGAAGCUGAACAGUGCCAUGCACUCGAGACUGGCCAAGUUCUGGAAUAGGCCUGCUAGGCUGACCAAGACACGUUCGAUGGGUAUGGGAAUUCAAUUGCAGGGAAGAGUGUCAUCAGAAGAGCCCGAAAGUCAGGAACACCACCGUGUUUCUGAGGUUAAGGCUUAUAGAGUGCAGCAGCCGCAGGUGGCCGAAAUUCACCCGGCCAGAGAAGCUCCCAGAGCUCCAUUGCAGCCUGUGUCGUCGUCAAAGCUCAAUUCAUUCGAUCCGCAACGGUUUGCACAGAACUAUCAACAUGGCAUCAAUGGCAGCUAUUUAAAGAAAAAAAAGCAAUCUGUGUUUGGUAUGCUUUCCACCAUCAUCAAGAAAAAACUGACUGUUUCCGAGCCUACGGAUUCUGUUGCCGAGGAAAUUUUCCGCAAGAGCAAACAUUUGUUCCUGCAACGCGUUGAAUGGUGCAAAUGGGAGGAUAACCAAUGGUCGCAGCCGGUAAGCGUCGAUCUUUUGCUGCUCCAGUCCGACUCGGAGAACUAUCUGAUGGGAACCAACGUCGAGUCCGAACUACGUACAGAGUUUCUAAUCAAGCUCAAUGACAGCACAAUUGUGAGACGGGCCUCGGCAAUGGACAUCCACAUCACCAGCUGCGAUCUACAGAGCGCCGUGACGCUAUUCUGGCUCAAAACUGCAGGAGUUGAUGAGGCCAACCAGCUCUUCCAGAACGUUCUAACUAGAUCCACGUCUCUGUCGAACUCCAGUUCUUACAGCUCAAACCUGAGUACCACAACAUACAAUCCGUCCAUCAAAACGUUCGUUACCUCGACGUCAAUCGCAUCAAAUACUAAAAAGUGA